AUGGCGUAUCUACGUGCCGUGUGCACCAGAAUUCUCUUUCUCACCAUCCUGACAAACUUUCUUGCGAUCACGGUCGCGAGCUUGACCAGGGAAUCGAGGGAAAUACACGAUCACGACAAUGAUGACGACUACGUAGAAAUUGGAAAUUAUCUUUUGGAGGUUGAGCUGGCAGGCAAGAGAGAGGAAUUCGAUUUUUUGAACAACCCGGAACAGAAUUGUCAACAUGACUUCACAUCUGACGUCUUUUCUACUCUCGAUAUCGACGUUGCCGACGGACUCGACGACGCCGCGUUUCUCCGUGCUAGUCCCUUAUUCCUCUUCGGAGCGUACGAGAUGGUGGCGGUUUGCCAGGCCGGUCAUGGCGGCACAGAUCUCACUGAAAAUGUGGUGAUGGCGUCACUCAAGAUGGCGGCACCUGAUUCGUCUAACUUGACCUUGACUGAGAAUGACCUCGAAUGCUUUAGCGUUGAAUCUGUCUUCGACGAAACCGUGGAUGACCACGAAACAGGGGCUGACGAUGUCGAGCUCCAGUACGCGGCGCAGGCCGUGGUCGCCGGUCUGCUACAAGGGCAUUGCAUAGGAGAACCCACUCUGCCCUCGACCACGGACUUCACCGAGGCAAUAUUCGAGACGUAUGCGACGUCGGGCGUCAUUCCGGAAGAUGAGUUCGCACACAUGCUGAUGGAGCUUGGAAUCGGUGGGGACCACGACCACGACCACGACCACGAACACAACCGUAGGAGGAGGGAUGUCAUGGCAACACGUUUGAAGGGGCGGGGCAUAGAAAAGCGAGCUACAGACGGCCACGGCCACGACCAAGACCACGACCACGACCACGACCACGAACACACCCGUAGGAGGAGGGAUGUCAUGGGAACACGCUCGAAUGGGCGGGGCAUAGAAAAGCGAGCUACAGACGACCACGGCCACGACCAAGACCACGACCACGACCAUGACCACGACCAGGACCAGGAACACACCCGAAGGAGGAGGGAUGUCAUGGGAACACGCUCGAGUGGGCGAGGCAUAGAAAGGCGAGCUACAGACGGCCAUGGCCACGACAAAGACCACGAACACGACCACGACCAUGGCCAUGACCCCGACCACGGACACACCCGUAGGAGGAGGAAUGUCAUGGCAACACGCUCGAAGGGGCAGGGCAUAGGGAAGCGAGCUACAGACGGCGACGGCCACGACCAAGACCACGACCACGACCACGAUCACGAACACACCCGUGGAAGGAAGGAUGUCAUGGCAACACGCUCGAAGGGGCAGGGCUUAGAGAAGCGAGAUACAGACGGCCACGGCCACGACCAAAACCACGACCACGACCACGACCACGAACACGAACACACCCGUAGGAGGAGGGAUGUCAUGGCAACACGCUCGAAGGGGCUGGGCAUAGAGAAGCGAGCUACAGACGGCCACGGCCACGACCAAGACCAAGACCACGACCACGACCACGACCACGAACACACCCGUAGGAGGAGGGAUGUCAUGGCAACACGCUCGAAGGGGCGGGGCGUAGAGAAGCGAGCUACAGACGGCCACGGUCACGACCAAGACCACGACCACGACCACGAUCACGAACACACCCGUAGGAGGAGGGAUGUCAUGGCAACACGCUUGAAGGGGCGGGGCAUAGAGAAGCGAUCUACAGACGGCCACGGCCACGACCAAGACCACGACCAUGAACACGACCAUGACCACGAACACACCCGUAGGAGGAGAGAUGUCAUGGCAACACGCUCGAAGGGGCGGGGCAUAGAGAAGCGAGCUACAGUAUUGGCUGAUGAUCACGACCACGCCAAUCAUAGCCAUUCACACGUUGCGAAUGUUACAACGACCUGCUUUUCGAGUGAAGAACUUCUCGACAUAUACGGUAUUGACCAUGAAGCUGGAAUCACCGAAAAACAGUUCAACGAACUUUCUCCGUCACUGGUGCAACAAAUCUUGAGUGGAGCAUGCGAAAUUACAACCACUGAGCCAUCGGAAAUCUCCAAAGCAAAAAUGUGGGGAUACGGCACUGUAGCAGUUUUCAUCAUCAGCCUGUCUGCGGUGCUCGGUGGGUUGUUCGUCCCGUGUAUGUCAGAGGGUGUCUAUGACAAGACCAUACAAACAAUGAUAGCUUUAGCUGUGGCUACUCUGACUGGUGAUGCUGUCUUACAUCUUUUACCACAGGCUGUGGGUCUUCACUCUCACGACAGCAGCGGCCACAGCGCUCAUACGCCUACGAGCCCGGAGAUGGCGUAUGUCUGGAAGUGUCUUGUCGUCCAGAUGGCCAUCUACGUCUUUUUCGUCUUCGAGCAGCUGACGAGUUUCACGAAGUGUGGUCACUACCACAACGAUACACUUUCCGCGGAUGUGGAGAUGACAGACAACGGGCACCAGGGGCGUUCCUACGGUUCCAUGAAGCGAGGAUCGUUUGCUAAUGGAAACAAUAAAGUAUCUCACUCAGAAUCGAAGAGCGAACUAACAGCUAAUGAGGCAAAGGCAUUUGAAGCUGAACUACCACCCUCAACCGAAGAUACUGAUUGCUGCGUAAGGGGUAAGUUUUUGAUUACGUCACACUACGGCCUCUCCGUUGCAUACGAUGCGUCAUUUUCCUGA